GCCGGCCGCAGGCCUAGCGCGCCACCAUGGUGCGACAGCGCCCGCGGGCUCGGGGACCGCUGCGGCAGCAGAGGCGGCCGAGGAGGAACGGGGGCUGAGGUUGGGUCCUCCGGGUAGUGGGUCCGCGAUCCCCCGCCGUCCCGGAGCCCCGAUCCCUUCUCCGUGUCUUCCCGGGGCUCGGCGGCGACCCCGCCGGACGAUGAGCGGCCGCCCGGGUGGCUGAGCCCGUCGUCCCGCGCUCCGCCCGCGCCCUCACGGCCUCCCCCCAUGGCCUUGCCGGGCGCCGAGGGCGCGGCCGACAGACCGGUGUCCCCGUCCCGGGGCGCCCCCGCCGGCUCCGCGUCGUCGUCGUCCGCCUCCUCCAGCGGCUCGGCCUCGGCGGGCGCGGGGCUGUGGGCAGCCCUGUAUGACUACGAGGCGCGCGGCGAGGACGAGCUCAGCCUGCGGCGCGGCCAGCUGGUGGAGGUGCUGUCCCAGGACGCCGCCGUGUCUGGCGACGAGGGCUGGUGGGCCGGCCAGGUGCAGCGGCGCCUGGGCAUCUUCCCCGCCAACUACGUGGCGCCGUGCCGCCCGCCCGCCCGCCCGCCGCCGCCGCGGCCCGGCUCGCCAGUGCACGUCGACUUCGAGAGGCUGGAGCUCAAGGAGCUCAUCGGCGCCGGCGGUUUCGGACAGGUGUACCGCGCCACCUGGCAGGGCCAGGAGGUGGCGGUGAAGGCGGCGCGCCGGGACCCGGAGCAGGACGCGGCGGCGGCGGCCGAGAGCGUGCGGCGGGAGGCGCGGCUCUUCGCCAUGCUACGGCACCCCAACAUCAUCGAGCUGCGCGGCGUGUGCCUGCGCCAGCCGCACCUCUGCCUGGUGCUCGAGUUCGCCCGCGGCGGAGCGCUCAACCGCGCGCUGGCCGCCGCCAACGCCGCCCCGGACCCGCGCGCACCCGGCCCGCGCCGAGCGCGCCGCAUCCCCCCACACGUGCUGGUCGACUGGGCAGUGCAGAUCGCGCGCGGCAUGCUGUACCUUCACGAGGAGGCCGUCGUGCCCGUCCUGCACCGGGACCUCAAGUCCAGCAACAUUUUGCUGCUUGAGAAGAUAGAACAUGAUGACAUCUGCAACAAAACGCUGAAGAUCACAGACUUUGGGUUAGCGAGAGAAUGGCACAGGACCACCAAAAUGAGUGCAGCUGGCACCUACGCCUGGAUGGCCCCGGAAGUCAUCAAGUCUUCCUUGUUUUCUAAGGGAAGUGACAUCUGGAGCUAUGGAGUCCUGCUGUGGGAGCUGCUCACAGGAGAGGUCCCCUAUCGUGGCAUUGACGGUCUCGCUGUGGCUUAUGGGGUAGCCGUCAACAAGCUCACGCUGCCCAUCCCAUCCACCUGUCCCGAGCCGUUCGCCAAGCUCAUGAAAGAAUGCUGGCAACAAGACCCACAUAUUCGUCCAUCAUUUGCCUUAAUUCUUGAACAACUGACUGCCAUUGAAGAGGCAGUUAUGACUGAAAUGCCUCAGGAAUCUUUUCAUUCCAUGCAAGAUGACUGGAAGCUGGAAAUCCAACAGAUGUUUGAUGAGCUCAGAACAAAGGAAAAGGAGCUGCGGUCCCGGGAGGAGGAGCUGACGCGGGCCGCGCUGCAGCAGAAGUCCCAGGAGGCGCAGCUCCGGCGGCGCGAGCAGCAGCUGGCCGCGCGCGAGAUCGACGUGCUGGAGCGGGAGCUCAACAUCCUGAUAUUCCAGCUCAACCAGGAGAAGCCCAACGUCAAGCGGAGGAAGGGGAAGUUCAGGCGGAGUCGUUUGAAGCUCAGAGACGGACACCGCAUCAGUUUACCCUCAGAUUUCCAGCACAAGAUAACCGUGCAGGCCUCUCCCAACUUGGACAAACGGAGGAGUCUGAACAGCAGCAGUUCCAGCCCCCCCAGCAGCCCCACCGUGAUCCCCCGGCUGCGAGCCAUCCAGCUGACUUCAGAUGAAAGCAAUAAAACUUGGGGAAGGAGCACCAUCUGUCGCCCAGAAGAAUUUGAAGAUGUAAAAAGGAAUUUCAAGAAAAAGGGUUGUACCUGGGGACCAAAUUCAAUUCACAUGAAGGAAAGAACUGAUUGCAAAGAAAGAAUAAGACCUCUCUCAGACGGCAACAGUCCUUGGUCAACUCUCUUAAUAAAAAACCAGAAAACCAUGCCGUUGGCAUCACUAUUUGUGGACCAGCCAGGUGCUUGUGAAGAACCAAAGCUCUGCACUGACGGAGUAGAACACAGAAAACCAAAGCAAAUGAAACUGCCCAGUCCAGCCUACGUUGACCUACCUCUGUGGAAAGAGGGCCAGAGGGAGAACCCAAUGGACAGCGAGAGCUGGGAGGAGGGAGCCUCUGGGAGCCCGGCGGCUGGCACGCCUCAGGUGACCCCUACCAAUACUCUGAGCAGGUCACCCCCCAAAAAGAGGACGGAGUCUGCUUUGUAUGGCUGCACCGUGCUGCUGGCGUCAGUGGCUCUGGGGCUGGACAUCAGAGAGCUUCACAGGCCACAGGCUGCUGAAGAGCCAUUGCCCAAGGAAGAAAGGAAGAGACGCGAGAGAAUCUUCCAGCGGGCUCCGUGGUCCCGCAGUAGUGCCGGGGUCUCCAGUAGGCUGCCAUCCACGGGUGAGGGGGCUGGCAGCCCAGCGUCACUGCCCACCCCCAGCGCCCUGAGCCUUCUGUCUGUGCCUUCUCUCUCCACAAAGUGCCUGCUGCAGACCGAGGGUGAAGAUUCGUUCGAGGGCAGCACACACAUUCCUCGUGACCCCACGGUGCCCACUCCAGAGUUUUGCCCUGCCGUGGGAGGAAGCGGUCGUGAGCCAAGCUCCACGCCAAGACGUGAGGCCGAUGGUGGGGUGUGGAGACACCUGUGUCCUCCCUCCGUAGAGCAGCCCCGUGGGAACAUGCCUCCUGGUGCUCCGUCAAAGGAAGGAGCGGCACGCCACAGACGGACCAUGUCAGACGGAAGUGCUUCUCAGGCUCCACUUGCUGCGACUCUCAUCUCAGGUGCAGGAGUCCCCACACUGCCACCUGAGUGGGUUUUGGGGACGCCCCACUCCUCAUCCGGCCCUCACAGUAACCUGCCAAGAGAGACCCUGCCUGGAAAACAAAGAGCCAUCACUACUGUGCCUCUGCCUCACCCUCCGUCCCUGAGACGCCCCGUGGAUGCCCCGCUGGCCUCCCAGGGAGCGGAGCCUCAGCCCGCACAGGCCAACUCCGUCGGGGCUGGUCCCGGCCCAACCCCCAACCGCUGCCUGGGUGCCAGGGGCAGAACUGCCUCGCACGUGCCUUCCUUACUGGACGCUGACGUGGAGGGUCAGAGUCGGGACUGCACGCUGCCUCUGUGCAGGAUGAAGAGCAGAAGCAGCCGGCCGUCCAUAUACGAACUGGAGAAGGAGUUUCUGUCUUAAGUGCCUUAUGCUGUCCCAGCAUUUCUUUUAAGGUGAACAAAUUAAAACAAUGUGUCUACCUUUGAACUGCUUCAUGCUGCUGUGUUUUCAAAAACCGUGGCCAUGUUCCUACAUGGUAAUGGAUGUCUAACUUCCCCAACAUGUACGGGGUCACUGUAAACUGUCUGCAUGUAUUUUUUCCACUGGAUUCCUACCUAGUAACUUGAAAUAUACACAGGUGUAAAACAAGAAAUGUGCAGCACGUAAAACUAUGCUGGUAGAAUGACCUUAAGCACAGUUUUCACGCUCUGCUCUGACUUAGAUCCUGGUCUGCCAGUACACAGAAAUGCAGCGAGGCACACUGUUUGGUUUCCUUCCUUCUUUCCCUUUUCCUUUCCUCUCGUCUCUCUUUUCUCCUCUCUCUCUCUCUCUCUCUCUCUCUCUCUCUCUCUCUCUCUCUCUCUCUCUCUCUCCCCCCCCCCUUUCUCCUUCCCUCCCUCCCUCCUUCUUUUGUGCAACAAAAAGUCAAAAAUAAUGUGAUAUUAGUAAGUAAAGGUAUCUAUUUUUUUUAAAAUGAGGUCUAAAAUAGAUGCCAAGCCCUAUUUAAACUACCUAAACUCAGUACUGGGUUUAAAAUACAUAAACAGGCCCAAUUCUCACCUAAAUUAUGCACUAUUUCUCCCUUUGAGCAAUUCUACUGAAUGUAACUUGUACAAGUUUUACUGAAUGUAACUUUAAAAGUGUUACCAUUAGAAGACCAAAACAGAUUUUUUUUUAAAGAUCCGCAGGACCACAUAUACCUGAGAGACACAUGCAUAGGCUCUUUGUACUGUAGAAGGUUCUUUCUUCUUCAGUAGCCGUUUAUUUGGUCUCCAGAAGGGUAAAGCUUUUUCAUUUUGUAGUAGAAUUUUAAAAAAUUAAGUGACACAGGUAUCAUGUAUUAUAAACACUCAUGUCAUUUAAGUUUGGUUUUCUCUAUUUAAAUGCAUAAUUAAUAAUCCCAAAUACAAUUGGAGAGAAACACUGCCAAGUCAAGAAAUAGCAAUGCUGUUAGAAUUUAAGUAUUUUGUAGUUAUUUCACAUUUCAUUUAAUUGUGAACAAAUGUUAGACAUUUGUUGAGAUAAGCUGAUAUGGUGGAAAGGACAAAUAUAUUACAGAUUAUUUUCAGAUAUGGAUUUAUAAAAUGGACCUCUGGAUGAGUAUUUUAAAUGAUUUAAAAUUAUAAAGAAAUGACUUAUGAAUCAUACCUAGGUGAUACAAAGAGACUACUGAGUUAUGAAACAGAAGUGGUUAUCCAGGAGCUUGGUAAAUUUGCCUGGGUUUCUCUUGCUAAAUCUAUUUUGCUCCCCUUCUGUAACUAGAAUAUGGUUAUUCAUAUGACAGACAAUAAAUGUUUAAAUUUUUCCAUAUAGUGAAAAAGUAAAUUACAAACGUUACUUGAUAUUUUAUUUAAGAAUUUACCUUGGUUAAGGUUUACUAACUGAAAUGUCAGCAAUUUAAAUUAAACCAAUUAUGAUAAAAUACCUACCUAUAUAGAGAAAAAGGAAAGUUUUAUUUGGCCAUUUUGGAACAUCUCAGUCACCUAGCAGGUGUGGCCCAGCAGAUGACGAGCAGGGCAUGAAAGGAUUAUAGUAACAUAAGCACAUUUUGCCCUAAAGAAAACAGUCUUGUGUUUAAGAUUCAGCAAAAUCUCAGGUACUUAUUGCGUUUUGUUUUAUUAUUGUCCAUUCUAUGAUUUGGGUUUACUUUUGGGUGGCUGUUGAAUUAGACCAUCAUGAUCUGUCUGGUUUCCUCUAAAUUUUACCUCAUUUGAAACUGUUUGGCUGCUUUGUACUGAGUCAUUUCGGGGCACGUAAGUUCCAGACAAAAGUGAAGGGAGGGGGUGCCUACAGUAUACAUGAAAGAAGAGGUGCGGAAACUGGGUUCUCAGUUUUGCUUCUACCAAACAUUGUGCGGGGUGGGGGGCGUGCAGCGUGUCGUCUGUCUUGUCCCUCUACUCUGGUCCUGCUCCUGUUUAGCUUUAUUUUAGUCAUUUCUACAUUGUAAUUAAUUUAGAAAUGAAGCUAUUUAAAAAGAUAAUUGCAAUCUAAGGACUUGCUCUCACAUGUUACUGCAGAUAGCUAUUUUUGGCCGAGAUCUAUUGUACAUUUGCGAUUUUUUUUCUGUGUAUACUUAGCAGAAUCUGGUUAUUUAUUUUCGUAUAGACUUAAUAGCUCACUGAAAGACAAAUUAAGCUGAUUUCUAUUAGUCAACAAUUAAGGUGCUCCCACUGCAGAGAUGAGGCCUGGGCCUAAUAUGCUGUAUUAUGAAGCCUUGUGAGUGAAAAAGAUGUUUACAUAUUGUCUAUUUUUUUAAUAAACUUUUUUUUUAUAGCUAGCCCAUUUGCCCCGUGGCUUUGAUCUACUCCUGAUGAUUGUGACUAGAGUUUGUAAUAGUUUAUUUUGUAUUUAGUUUGUAAUGGUUUAUUUUGUAUUCGAUUAGGAACAGUACGUUAAUAAAGA